AUGGAGGGUGGGUACAUGAUAUCUCCAAACGCAUGUGAGCUUGUCCUCCGCCUCCUACUCUGGCACAUACGGCGCGCUAUUAAUCAUGUGAUCGCGGCUUUCGAAAAGGUGCGAAUUCUGUCCGCUCAGUCUCGAAGGUAGCCAAUCACAGCCGUCGACAAAUUAUGCAACUAUUUCAUCAACCCACCACGUUAACACUGCCUGGCUCUCGCCUGACACUUAAUUAUUCACAUCCGCACAGGCCUUGAGCCGAUCGCACAUCGAGGGCUCUGGUCGCCAUCAGACAUGCAUAAAGGACACACUCCUCCUCCUCCUCCUCCUCCUCCUCCUCAUCCUCGUCCUCGCCCUCCUCGUCCUCGCCCUCCUCCUUCUCCUCCCCCUUCUCUUCUCCUCGCAAAAGUAG